AUGGAGAUGAAGCUCACCAUCAAGAGGGUGCCCACCGUCGUCUCCAACUACCAGGACGACGCCGACAAGCCGCGCGCCGGCUGCGGGAGGAACUGCCUUGGCGACUGCUGCCUGCCUGCUUCCAAGCUUCCCCUCUACGCGUUCAAGUUGGAUCCGGCAAAGCACUUGCAGGAGGAUGCUGCUUCAACCAAGUUGCUUGUUGAUAUCCUCCUUAGUGAGUGGGAGGACAGGAUGGCCCGAGGCUUAUUCCGCUAUGAUGUCACUGCUUGUGAGACCAAGAAGCGCCCUACUGAGUUUCGUGUGGACCGUGUGCUCCAGCCAUUUGACCCUGCCAAGUUCAAUUUCACCAAAGUUGGCCAGGAAGAGGUUCUCUUCCAAUUUGAGAAUGGCGAUGGUGAUGACAGCUAUUUCCUGAAUGAUGCUCCAAUCAUUGCUGUUGAUCGUGCUCCAAAUGUUGUUGCUAUCAAUGUGAGCCCAAUUGAAUAUGGACAUGUGCUUCUCAUUCCUCGUGUUCUGGACCGCCUGCCUCAGAAGAUUGAUCCAGAGAGCUUCUUGCUUGCACUGCAAAUGGCAGCUGAGGCAGCUAGCCCGUACUUCAGGCUUGGUUACAAUAGCUUGGGUGCCUUUGCCACCAUCAAUCACCUCCACUUUCAGGCAUACUACUUGUCAGUGCCUUUCCCUGUCGAGAAGGCAGCUACCCACAAGAUCCCUCUUUCUGAGGAUACAAUGAAGAAUGGAGUGACCGUGUCCAAGCUGAUAAAUUAUCCUGUGAGAGGCCUGGUAUUUGAGGGAGGGAACACACUGGAGGACCUGGCAAAUGUGGUUUCCAAUGCUUGCAUUUGGCUGCAGGACAACAAUGUGCCUUACAACGUGCUCAUUUCUGACUGUGGCAAGAGGAUCUUCCUGUUCCCCCAGUGCUAUGCAGAGAAGCAGGCUCUGGGCGAAGUGAGCCAGGAGCUGCUGGACACUCAGGUGAACCCAGCUGUGUGGGAGAUUAGUGGCCACAUCGUGCUGAAGCGCAGGAGCGACUAUGAAGAGGCAUAUGAAACCUCCGCGUGGAAGCUCCUCGCCGAGGUCUCCCUCUCUGAGGAGCGCUUCGAGGAAGUGAAGGCGUACAUCUUCAGCGCUGCUGGCCUGGUUCAGUCUGACGAGGAAGAGGAGGAAGCCAGCAAGGGCGAGGGCACCACCACCUUUGCUCCUGUCCCGGUUACCCCUCUGCCUGUCGCUGAAGGCUGCCUCGUCCGCCAGUGA